UUUCUGCCUUCUAUCUAUUUCUUCACCACUGUCGUCUUUCCCAAAUCCUAGAUCAAAAUAACGUUACUGCUACCACCGCCUUCACCACCAUUGUUUACACCUACCACAACACCGUUUCCUCACCACCUGUAUCACCGGUCAUCUUCUUUCCAAGCCCACACCACUCUCCGGCAACGAACCUUAAACCCCAUUUCGAAGAAUAAAAUAGGGGGUCAUGAAGACUGUUAAAAGCAUCUAUAAAUUGGGUCAAAUUGUUGAGCUUAAGCAAGAAAUCGAGAUCUUAAAACAGAAGCAGCAUACUAAGAACGAUUUGAUUGGGAAUCUAGACAUUAGAAUUUCCAAGCUUAAAAAGGAAGACUCUCAACAGUCAAAACAAAUUUCUGAUUUACAGCUCAAUCUCGGCGCUCUCACUGCCGGAUUCUUUGACUUGGAAAACAAAUUAGUCAGUGAAUUUGGCGACAAGUUCAAAACAUCUGCAUUUAGCGACAAGUUCAAAACAUCUGCAACUGAGGCUUUUCAAGAUAAUAUAUCUCCAAGUGUACCUGCUCCAGCUUCUCAAGAUGUUUCUCACCAAACCAGUGGAACUCGCAUUGUUGAUUGUUUUGAUAAAGAAUCUGCUUCAGCUGAUCCCAGAUUAAUUAUGAAACAAGCUCAAGGAAAAUUACUCUUCAAGAAAAAUUCCGAUAAAAACAUCCGAGGAGAUCGCCCGCAACUGAGUGUCACUGAGCUUGACAGAAAGAGGUUCAAAACCAAGUAUGGAGAUCGGACAAGAAUAAAGGUGUGGGGAUUUUCUGCUGAGAAGAACAUCUGGGUGAUUAAAAGGAGUAGUGGAAAUGUGGAGUAUUAUAAGCAUCAGAAUGAUUUUUGCUCUUGGACCAAAAUAGAUCUUACAGAACUAUCUAAUGCUCCUUUCCACAACCCAUCGAAUGAUCCUCGAGGGACUAAUUUUAAGCUCUUCUUGGAAAACCAAGUGAAGAGAAAAUUCGAUGGGAUGAAAACUGCAGAAUCUUUUGUCAAGAAAGCAAAGGGCGUAUUUAAUCCCAGCUCCAACCGUACCAUAAAAAAUGUGAUGUGGCCUCCUACCAAACAAAUGAAACAAAUUCCACAGUUACCUGACGGGUCUCUGCAGAAUAUGGAAUACUGGGUAUUUGAUGAGGCCACAGGCACCGCUGUCAUCGAGCUCCCGACUCGAGGGAUUCGUCUUCGUGAAGCAAAGGAUCUUCUUCAGUUCGGUGAGCGGGAUAUCCGUACUUUGGCGAGACAUCAAAUUGUGGUCAACGAUGAUAUUCAGGAGAUCAUCGCUAAAAUAUUCACUAGAAUGGUUGGUGAAAUUAUCAACAAGAAGAUGUGGGCAGGUGCCUUGGGAAGGUCAAAUGUGUCGAAUGUCUAUAGGUCAUGACCUUAACAAACUAAGGGGGAGAUUGUUAGGACAUAUUUAUGUUGGUUUGUGCUAGACUUUUAUGUUUUAUAUAGCGUUUUCGGUUGGAAAUUAGGUUGCUGUUUGUGUUCCCUAUAAAUAGGAGACUUAGAUGAUCGGUUUUGGGUUAGCUGUUUUCGGUCAUUGCUGUGUGUAAGAUCCUUUGUACCUGACGAUUUCGAUUAAUAUAUAAUUGUGCGCAUUUGGAUCGA